AUGGACUAAGGUGUCCUCAUUCUGUUGAUAUUAAUUGUACGGGACAGUCUGUGAUAGAGACCCAGCCAUGGAACAGAGACUGUACAGAAGUUUGGCACUCGAGAUUCUACAGGAAGAAAAAGACAUGUACCGACCUUAUCUGACAGAGGAGCAAUCUGGCCAAUCUCCCGCCGCCAACUCUGAUUCCGGAGUAGAUGAUCCGUCAGUUAGUCCGUCUUCCGGUUCACCGGAUUAUAAGUCCGACGCUGACCAAUCCGGGAUGGCGGGAUCUCUUUCCCAGUCGGAAUCAUCAGCCUUCAGCAAAAUCCGGAAACUCUCUCAAAAUUCGGACGCCAGAUAUCAUUUACCCACUGGCACAAUGCCGAUGAUGUACCCCAGCUCCGGGUUGGGGUAUUUCCCGACAUUUCCCAUAUCCCCAUGGAUAUCAACUGACGCCUUGGCUAAAGGUUUUUCAUCAAUUCCUACGUCGACGUUACGAGUGGAAUCAAAUCCUCGGGAUGUUCCGUCGGAUGACGUGUUCUACCGUGUAGAUCCCAGGGUGCCCUUCACCAACUACUUCAUGAACCUGACAAAACUCUUGAAGAAGGAAGACAAGACAAUUGACAGCGGUGUUAAAGAGUCGGCGAGCUAUGACGGCGUGUCAAAGGAAGAAGUCGAAUCCAAUUCCGAGGAUGAAAUCAGUCACAUGGAAGACGAUAGAGAUACCCCGAAAUCCCCAGUCAAUCUGUCAGACGACUUCAAAUCCUCUUCGUCACAUUCGCCUCGGGACCCGGAGUACAGAAACAUGUCUGCGAUGAUGGCUAAUCCAGCUCUUCUUUGUCUCUCUCAGAUGCAUCCUUACCCUACCAAAGUCUCUUCAAUGGACACACUUCCAGGAUUCUCCGGGACAGUGCCUCCAACUUCCAUGAUUCAGUUUAUGAGCGGAAUGGCCGCUCCAUCCGCAAUGAUCCAUCCGGCUUUUCUGCAUAUGACAGGCCUGGGGCAGAAACGACUAAAUCAGGAGAAGCCCCCGCCAGUGAAGAAGUACAAGUGUGACGUUUGUGGAAAGGCGUUCUCGCGGAGCAACACCUUGGUCACUCAUAAGCGUAUCCACACUGGUGACAAACCCUUCAAGUGUGAGAUUUGCGGACGGGCCUUUAGACAACCAGGCAAUUUGACGCGCCAUCGACUGACGCAUACCACGGUCAAACCUUACGUCUGCCCAACCUGCAACAAAGCAUUCAACCGGGCCUCCAACUUACACACGCACAUGCGCACUCACACCAACUACCGACCAUUCAUUUGCCCUUACUGUGGAAAAGGAUUUCAUCAGAAGAUCGACAUGAAGAUCCACUGUUAUACGCACACUGGUGAACGACCCCACCGCUGUGACAUCUGUGGGAAAGGUUUCACUCUAGCGAGUACCCUCAACACACACCGCCGAAUCCACGCUGAACAACGGGGAUUCCCCUUGAUGGAGGCCGAAGGCGAAUCUGGAUCCAGCACUCAGACAUCUAGUUCCACUGUUUCCAUUAAUUCCUAA